UAAAUCAGAGUGAUAAAUUCAUUAUUACUCACCUAAUAAGAGUAGCAAUGUGUCAAGUAGUCCGUCGGCGCGCUUGCCCACAGUCACCAACGCCAACGAUCCCAACUCGAAAUGCUGUCCAGGCCGAGGCGUGUACCCGCUUCCACCCUCCCCAACGACUCAACCCGCACCGCCACCGCCGCCGCUGCCUCCGCCUCCGCAGCCACCCUGCUCUCCAUCCUCCGCGGGGCCGAUCCCGUCCGCCUCCUCCCCGCGGCCGGCAUCGCCCCGACGCCCGUGCUGCUCCAGCACCUCCGCCCCGCGCUACCCACCCUCUCCGACUCCGCGAUCCUGGCCCUCGCCCGCUGGGUCGGCCCCGCCGACGCCGGCUCCCUCCUCGCCUCCCGCGGCCUCUUCGCCGCCGCCUGGCGCCUCCUCCUCUCCUCUUCCUCCCCGGCCCCUUCCCUCGCCGCGUUCGCCCCGCUCCUCCGCCGCUACGCCCGCCUCGGCUGCGCCACCGCCGCGGUCCGCGCGUUCCGCUUCCUCCACCGCCACCCCGACCGCUACACUGUACACGACGAUGGAGAUGGCGACGGCGACGAUUCCUCGUCCGCCGCCGCGGUCUCCCCGUUGAACCUGGCCGUGGACGCGCUCUGCAAGGAGGGCUACCCGCGCGCCGCUGCGCAGCUCGUCGAGCGGCUUCGUCGCGAGGAGCCCGGGUGGGCGCCCGACGUGCGGGCCUACAACAUCCUCCUCAAUGGAUGGUCCCGCGCGCGCCGGCUUGACAAGGUGGAGAAGCUCUGGGCUGCGAUGCGCCACGCGGGCGUGCGGCCGACGGUGGUGACAUACGGGACCCUCAUCGACUCUCUCUGCGUCAUGCGGCGGCCGGACCAGGCGAUGGGGCUCCUUGACCAGAUGCGGGAUGAGGGGAUCGAGGCCAAUCUGCUCACCUGCAACCCCAUCGUGUACGCGCUUGCGCAGGCUGGCCGAUUUUGGGACGCACACAGGGUGCUCGAGAAAUUUCCCCUGUACGGUGUCGAGCCGAAUAUCUCCACAUUUAACUCUCUCGUAUUGGGAUACUGCAAGCAUGGGGAUCUUGCUGGGGCUAGUAGUGUGCUCAAGGCAAUGCUGGGGCGGGGCAUUUCACCAACCGCAAGGACAUACAACUAUUUCUUCAUGGUCUUUGCCAGGAGUCGCAGUGUUGAGUUGGGGAUGAAUCUCUAUAGCAAGAUGGUCAACAAUGGCUAUGCGCCGGACCGGCUCACCUACCACCUCCUGAUCAAGAUGUUGUGCGAGGCGAAUCGGCUUGAAUUAACAGUGCAAAUGAUUCAGGAGAUGAGAAGUAGUGGUUUUGAGCCGGAUCUAGUGACCAGCACCAUGCUGAUACAUUUGCUUUGCCGGCGCCAUCAGUUUGAGGAGGCUUACGCAGAGUUUGAGCAUAUGUUUGAGAGAGGGAUUGUGCCGCAAUAUAUCACUUACCGGAUGCUUAUGAAAGAACUCAAACGGCUCGGCUUGGUUGAACUGGUUCAGAGGUUGACAGAUCUAAUGCGCUCGGUACCACAUUCUACAAAGUUACCGGGCAGUUACAGAGAUAAGGAAGGAUAUGAUGCUAUAGAGAAGAAGAAAUCAAUAUUACAGAAAGCUCAGGCUGUUUCAGAUGUUUUGAAGGAGUGUAAAGAUCCAAAGAAACUGCACAAGCUCAAAAGUGCUGAAGAAACUGAUGUGGAGGUUGCAGAUAGGAUAGUAGCCAACAUUAGGAGAAGAGUAUAUGGAGAUGCCUCUAGGACAGGACCAGAUCUAUCUUGAACCUGGAUGUGCAAUGUGUAAAAUUAUCAAUAUUAAUUGCAUGAUGAUGGGUUUAGCAGUCAGUUGCAUUGUUCAUCUGGAAAUAUGAUCACCUAAGCAAUUUUUGUUCACAUGGUCCAUAUAUUUUGUCCGAGGACUUAGGACUUAUAGUUUAUCAUUUGGGAUCCCGAAAAAGAAAAUAGUAGAUUGUGAGGCACAAUGGUUAUUUGAUUGUUUCCCUAGGCUGGAUAUCCUCAAUGAGUGAUCCAUCUGUACAAUGUUCUGAUUGCUGUAGAGAGAUCCAUCAUCUUGACAAAAUCAUCAGCUGAUGGCAAAUUUCUGAUGUGAGU